CCUUACCCCGACCUUUUUAUUUUUCCUACUAUUUUAGGCUGGCUAUCAUAAUGUUAAGCAACAUUAUACGUAAUUCUCGACCUUUAUUUCUUCAAAAAAUACAACAUGCCAGCUAUAUACAUUCUGCAUCUAUCAUUAAAAAUGCAACAGAUUCUACAUUAGAUACAACUACUACACAAACAAGAGCCCCUUCUUCAGUACCAAAAGGAACAGUUUUAAAAGGAAUUCAAUACUUAAAAGAUAAACCUGAUCUAAUGGCAUUAGAUGAUUCUGAAUAUCCUGACUGGUUAUGGGACUUGUUAGAUGAAAAGAAACAAAAACAAAAGACAGCUAAACCUACUAACCGUCAAUAUCAUAGAAAACAAAAUAGAGAUGCCAUUAAGGCUAUGAAUUUUAUGAAAGAUAAGAAGAAUUAAUAAGGGCGUAACUUGUAUAUUGAAAAGGCUUAUGUAUUAUAGAAUAAAUAAAAAAUGUAUCUUGUAUACACGCAUAUAUAUAAUAAUAAAAAGCAUUUUAUAUAUUGUAAGACAUAAGGAGUUACUUUUUUUUUUUUUUUUUUUUUUUCUUUUUUU